UUUGUAUCAGUCGUGAUUUGGCUCUGUCAGCGAAAGGAACAACCAUUUGUUGUGCCACACACAACCGCGUGUAAUAUAAUCGAAUCAAACUUCAACUACCUCAUUUUGCUAAAUCGGUGAAUUUUUAUAAAAGAAAAUUUUAGUGAAAUCUCUCUACCUCAAAGUACAAAAGUGUUAAAGAAAUUAUUCAUAUCCCUGAAAGUGCGCACAAAUUGCUCAAAUGAAAUUUUGUUGUCUAAAAAACUAAAGCUACAAAACUACAAAGGAGAAUAUUAAAGGUGUUUGCUGUGUGGGGAAAAACAUUGCGCGAGCACAAAAUUAGGAGCACAACAAAAAUUUGUUGAUUUCCAUAUCAAUGCUUCAAGACGCACAAACGCGAACUAUAGCUGCUGCAUUAGCUGGCAUAAAACAAGAGGACGUUCAUCUGGACCGUUCCAUGUCGCUAUCGCCCCCCAUGUCGGCCAACACAUCAGCAACAAGCGCCGCUGCGAUUUACCCAGCUAUGGGUCUCCAACAGGCGGCCGCAGCCUCAGCUUUUGGAAUGCUCUCACCUACCCAACUUCUGGCUGCAAACCGUCAGGCUGCCGCAUUCAUGGCCCAACUGCCCAUGAGCACAUUGGCCAACACUCUCUUUCCACACAAUCCGGCGGCUUUGUUUGGGGCUUGGGCUGCCCAACAGUCGCUCCCGCCCCAGGGCACGCAUUUACAUUCGCCGCCAGCCAGCCCGCACUCUCCGCUGUCCACUCCUUUAGGUAGUGGCAAGCACCCAUUAACUUCCCCCAACAGCACUCCCCAGCACCAUGAGCCAGCGAAGAAGGCUCGAAAAUUGUCGGUGAAGAAGGAGUUUCAGACCGAGAUCAGCAUGAGUGUAAACGAUAUGUACCAUACAUCGGGAGGCCCAAUAUCUCCGCCUUCCAGUGGCAGCUCUCCCAAUUCGACGCACGACGGAGCGGGUGGAAAUGCUGGAUGUGUCGCUGUCUCCAAGGAUCCAUCUCGCGACAAAAGCUUCACCUGUAAAAUCUGCUCACGGAGCUUUGGCUAUAAGCACGUGCUUCAGAACCACGAACGCACCCACACCGGUGAGAAGCCUUUCGAAUGCCCGGAGUGCCACAAGCGGUUUACUCGUGACCAUCACUUAAAAACCCACAUGCGUUUGCAUACUGGAGAAAAACCAUAUCAUUGCUCACACUGCGAUCGUCAAUUCGUUCAGGUGGCCAAUCUUAGAAGACAUUUGCGUGUCCACACUGGAGAGCGUCCCUAUACUUGUGAAAUCUGCGAUGGCAAAUUCAGUGACUCCAAUCAGCUUAAGUCCCACAUGCUGGUACACAACGGCGAAAAGCCGUUCGAGUGCGAACGCUGCCACAUGAAGUUCCGACGGCGCCACCAUCUAAUGAAUCACAAGUGUGGCAUUCAGUCGCCGCCUACUCCCGCGCUUUCACCAGCCAUGAGUGGAGAUUACCCCUUGGCAAUCUCCGCAAUGGCAAUCGAGGCAUCCACGAAUAGAUUUGCGGCAAUGUGUGCCACCUACGGAGGUUCGAAUGAGUCGGUCGACAUGGAAAAAGCGACACCGGAGGAGGAUGGUCCAUUGGAUUUGUCUGAAGAUGGAGCCAGCUCUGUGGAUGGCCAUUGCAGCAGCAUCGCACGGCGCAAGGCACAGGACAUUCGUCGGGUUUUCCGGCUACCUCCACCGCAAAUCCCUCACGUACCCAGUGAUAUGCCUGAGCAAACCGAGCCGGAGGAUUUGAGCAUGCACUCUCCUCGCUCUAUCGGAUCUCACGAGCAAACCGAUGAUAUUGACUUGUAUGAUUUAGAUGAUGCCGCGGCUUCAUAUAUGGGCCAUCAACAACAUUAGGCCAGUACCAUACCAAAUUGUACAUAGCCCUAAUCAGUUUUCAUUUGAUGAAAUUGACUGGCAAUUAUUAAAACAAAAUUGAAAAUUUUGCUAUUUCGAAGUGGAAAGUAAAAAUUGUUGCAACAGGAAUUUAAUCAUAAGUACAAGUUAAAAGAAAUACAUAAAAAAAAACUUGAAAUUGUACAAAGUAAGCCAUGCCAUAUGCUUGUUACCGCCACACCCCACCAAAUUAGAUCGAAAAUGUCGUGCCAUUCUUUACCUUAAAUUUAAGUUAUAUUAUUAGGUUCGGAAUCUUAAAUUGUACAUAUUCAGCUUACACAGCUGCCAAUUGUAAAGUAAUCGGCGCUCUAAACAUGCAUUGUAACAGAAAAUGAAAAGCCAAAAAGUUUAUUUAGGAUAUCUAUAAAUAAUUUUAUUUAAUUUAUUAGCUUAAUUUUUUAUAAUUUAAUCAAAUUCUUUAAGAAAACAAUGCCAAUAAUCUUCAAAUCAAAACUAACUUUAAGUUAAAUAAUAAAAAAAACAUUUGUUCGCUAAUUGUUCUGUUUGCAUUUACUAUUUGAAACUAUUAUUAGAUAUAAAAACUGAGUUAAUCCUGUUUUUUUAAGCUCAUUUUUAAAUAUACACUUUUAUAUUUAUACUUCAAUAAAUAUUUGGUUUAAUUGUUGCUGCUUAAUAUAUAUAUACAAUAAAUAAAAAAGAAAAAUAAUGGUAACGUUUAUAUUUAACUGAUUCCGUUUUUAUUUGAUAUUUCAAAAACUUAAACACCGUUUACGCAUCCAUUUUUGAAAAUGGUUUUUUUUUUUGCAAACUAUAAGAAACGUUAAUAUAUAUUCCAAAAUCAUAAGCUUAUGUAGAUCAAUGAGUAUUGAAAGUAUAGUAAUCCCACUUGUCUUAACACUCGUGACUAUUAGUUGUAAUUGUAAGACUUGAACCAAAUACACAGGAAGAAAUUGCUAUAACCAAAUACCUCCAAUACCUCUGUAUCGAAAUUGUUGUGAGCUAAACAGUAUAUACAUUCAACAAUUUGGCAAUCGUACAAUUCAACUGAAUUUAUAUACAACACUUGGGAAUAUAAACUAAGAAGCAUAAACAAUUUAUAUGUAUUACAAUUUUGAUGCAUAUUUAAAAGCACCUAAGUAAGAAAUUAAUUUUGAAUACUAGGCCAAUUCAAACUAGAUGUAAAAGUAUUUAAGGUUGUAUAUAACAAUAAUAAUUUGAAAUAAUUUUAGUGUAAUUUUUGGUUCUAUUCAUUGGUAAGCCAAUAAUCUUACUGCUUUUAUUUAAAAACUUUGUAGUCAUAAUAAUGUAACAAAUUAAUAUGUAAUUUUCUUUGUUCAUUCAAAUGUAUGGUAUACAAGUUCCUCAAGAUUAAAAGAAUACAAGAGCUAUAAACAAAAAUAGAGAGUGCACUUCUAAUCAUUUGAAAGUCAGCGCCCGAAAGACAUCAUAUUAAUUGUGUACAGCAACAUUCGACGUUUAAACCGAUAGAUAUAAUUAAAUAUAUAAAAUCACAAGUCAAUUUUUAUGUAAAUAAAUUAUAACCCUAACUGUGGCUACAUUGCACAGUAUCCAAAAAUAAGAGUUAUGUGUUAAUUAUGGGGUUUUAAUAUUAAACCCAUUAAAGACAUACACUCAUACACCUUGUAAAAUACGUCAGGAAAUAUAAACUAGAAAAUGUAUAUUAUGGUACAUGAUUGCAUUAGAUAUGACAGUCUACCAUAAAAUAAGUAAACGAAACUGUUACUUUUUGUCAUAACUAUUUCUUCUCUAAUUUAAUGUUUUACUUUCUUCAAUAAUAAAUACAUACGUAUGCAUACUGAUUAACUAUGUAUUACUUAAAAACCAAAAUAUAUUAUGUUAAAUUUAAAAAUGC